AUGGGAGAUUUAGAAACAGAUCAACCAGAUUCAGCUUUUAUUCAAUCCCCACAACACAGACCAAAAUCUUCAAUAACCAUUGCUCAAGGUAUCCCUCUAAUCGACCUCUCUCCCAUAAAUUACCAAGACGAAACCAUAGUCCCACUUUCCAUCCAAGGCUUAGUCAAGGAAAUAGGUGAAGCAUGUAAAGAGUGGGGGUUUUUCCAAGUGAUUAAUCACAAAGUGCCUUUGGAUAAACGUGAGAGAAUUGAAGAAUCUGCAAGGAAGUUCUUUGGACUUAGUUUGGAAGAGAAGAUUAAAGUGAGAAGAGAUGAGGUUAACUUGCUUGGUUAUUUUGAAGCAGAGCAUACCAAGAAUGUUAGAGAUUGGAAGGAAAUUUAUGAUUUCAAUGUUCAACAGCCCACUUUUAUUCCACCAUCACUUGAUCAAGAUUUUCACUUCACAUGGGAAAAUCGUUGGCCUCAAUAUCCUCCUGAGUUCAGAGAAACAUGCCAAGAAUAUGCAGAAGAAGUGGAGAAACUAGCAUAUAAAUUGAUGGAACUUAUUGCAAUGAGCUUAGGUUUAGUACCGAAUAGGUUUCGUGACUUUUUCAUACAUAACACAAGCAAUAUAAGACUCAAUCAUUAUCCACCUUGUCCUUACCCUCAUCUAGCUCUCGGCCUUGGGCGUCACAAAGACACCGGUGUCUUAACUGUGCUUGCUCAAGAUGAUGUUGGUGGCUUACAAGUUAAGAGAAAAUCAGAUGGAGAGUGGAUUCAAGUUAAGCCCAUUUUCAAUUCUUUCAUCAUCAAUGUGGGUGACAUGAUUCAGGUUUGGAGCAAUGAUGGUUACGAGAGUGUAGAGCAUAGGGUUAUGGUGAACUCUGAGAAGGACAGAUUAUCGAUUCCGUUUUUUCUGAAACCGGCACUCUACACUGAUGUGAAGCCAUUGGAAGAGUUGACAAACGACAGGAACCCUUCCAAAUAUUCACCAAUCAAUUGGGGGAAGUUCCGCACAGCAAGAAUGCAGAGUAAUUUUACUAAGUCCAAAGUCGAUAACCUCCAAAUUUAUGAUUUCAAGAUUUCCUUGUAA